AUGGCCAAUUCCUCCUCCGUCACUGAGUUCCUCCUGCUGGGUUUUUCGAGCCUUGGGGAUGUGCAGCUUGUCCUCUUUGUGAUCUUCCUCUGCCUCUAUCUGAUCAUCUUGAGUGGGAACGUCACCAUCAUCUCAGUCAUCCGCUUAGAUCACAGCCUCCACACCCCCACGUACUUCUUCCUAGGAGUCCUCUCUACCUCUGAUAUCUUCUACACACUGGUUAUAUUGCCCAAGAUGCUCAUCAACCUGUUUUCUGUCCUCAGGACGCUCUCCUUUGUAAACUGCGCCACUCAGAUGUUCUUUUUUCUCGGUUUUGCUGUCACCAAUUGCUUGCUGCUGGGAGUGAUGGGCUAUGACCGAUACGCUGCCAUCUGCCAGCCUUUGCGCUACCCCAUUCUCAUGAGCUGGAGAGUGUGUGGACAACUGACAGGAACUUGUGCUGCGAGUGGUUUCCUCAUUUCCCUGGUGGGAACAACUUUGGUCUUUAGCCUCCCUUUUUGUAGUACUAACGAGAUCAACCACUACUUUUGUGAUAUUUCACCAGUCAUACGUCUUGCCUGUGCUGAAACCUACAUCCGUGAACUGGUCAUCUUCACUUGUGGGGUUUUGGUGCUUGUUGUUUCGUUCAUAUUUAUCUGCAUCUCUUAUGGUUUCAUUGUCCGCACCAUCCUGAAGAUGCCAUCAGCUGAAGGCAGGCGGAAAGCCUUCUCCACCUGUGCCUCCCACCUCAUUGUGGUCAUUGUCCAUUAUGGCUGUGCCUCCUUUGUCUACCUCCGGCCCUCAGCCAAAUAUAUCUCAGGGAAAGACAGGCUGGUGACAGUGACCUACACCAUCAUUACUCCACUCUUGAACCCCAUGGUGUAUAGUCUCAGGAACAGAGAUGUGCAGGUAGCUAUUAAAAAAGUAAUUGGGAAGACUGUUUUUUCUUUGAAGAAUUUGUAA